AUGGUUUUCAAGUCCGCAUAUCAGUUGUGGCACCCCCUUUCUGUUCUAAAUCUGAGCAUAUGGCCUGUUCUUCUUUUGGUUUUUUCUCAGAGAUCAAUGGCAUUUGAUCCUCUGGAUCCUUUUGGAAAUAUAACAAUCAAAUGGGAUGUGAUCUCCUGGACCCCAGAUGGUUAUGUGGCAACAGUGACAAUGAACAAUUUUCAAAUGUAUAGGCAUAUCAUGAGUCCUGGAUGGACCCUGGGAUGGAAUUGGGCUAAGAAAGAAGUGAUUUGGUCAAUGGUGGGAGCCCAAACCACUGAACAGGGAGAUUGUUCAAAGUUCAAAGGAGGAAACAUGCCACAUUGUUGCAAGAGAAACCCCGUGGUUGUGGAUUUGCUCCCUGGAGUUCCUUACAAUCAACAAAUAUCCAAUUGCUGUAAAGGCGGAGUGGUGUCGUCAUGGGGCCAAGAUCCCUCUGCUGCUGUUUCCGCUUUUCAAGUCAGUGUCGGCCUCGCUGGCACUUCCAAUAAAACUGUAAAACUGCCCAAGAAUUUCACUUUGCUCGCUCCUGGUCCUGGCUACACUUGUGGCCCAGCAACAAUUGUGCCUUCUACAGUCUAUCUCACUCCUGAUCGUAGGCGAAAGACUCAAGCAUUAAGUAAUUCUAUCUAUGUCUUUCUGUUAGUUAAAAAUUGUAUAAAACCAUACUUUUUUACGUUUUAA